UUUCAUUGGCUUGACUUAGACUACUUUAUCAGUACACAAUUUUCGUGCACACAAAAAUGCUAAACCAAAUGAAUACUUUUAUUUUCAGUGCCCUCAGCACCUUCGCCUUCAUCACCGCUUUCAUUCUGCUCGUCUGCGUUUGCCUUUUUCUAGCCUCACGUUUUUCGAAGGGGCAGUUUAAGACAGUCGUGGAAGAUACGCAUUUCCCAUUGUACAAAGUGAAGUUUCCCGAAGUGACCAUCUGCAAUAAAAAUCGCCUGAAUUGGUCGCGUUUACAAGCCGCAAAAGCCCAAUUUCUAAUGCCAGAACAUCACAAUACCUCCAACGAAAAACUUUUCAUCGAAAUCAUAUCGCUUUACAAUACCUUCACCUUCGGCGGAUUUAAUCGUUUUGCAAGGCUGGAGAAAUAUCCGUUAUAUGAGUUGAAUUAUGUAAACUUCACUGCGGUUGCACGUUUCAUGGCCUGGCGUUGUUGGGAGAUACUUGCAGAUUGUAAAUGGAGGAGUCACCCGCGAAACUGUUGUGAUAUUUUCGUGGAAAGGCGUUCACAACUGGGUUUCUGCUUGGCAUUUAAUUCGGUUGAAGGACCAAGAGCACAAAUAAAUGACUCUUCUUGGCCACUGCGCACCAACAGAGGCGGCAUACAAUUCGGACUCAGUGUAAAGGUUUCGUUGAGCAAGCAAAAUAAUUUCUUUAAAAGUCAUGAGGGGAUUACGGUAAUGAUUGUUGAACCGAAUGCCUGGUACUACAUACCGAUGGAUAUCUCUAGUCAAACGCGUACACAUUUAACGCUCGGCGGUUUCCUUAAUAAAUACGACGAUGAGACAAGGCGUGUGUCGUCCAACGAAAGGGGUUGUGUUUUUAAGGACGAGCAGAAUAGUGACGACUUUAAAACACUGUAUGGCCAUGCAUAUCGCUUUGAAAAUUGUCAUUCACAAUGCCAGCAGGAGCAUCUCAUUAAAUAUUGCAACUGUACUUUAGAUAUAUUUUUUCCACCAAGCCCUUUUCCUUACUGCAAACUCGUGGACUUGCCCUGCUUGGCUAAGCAUAACAACUAUCUGCUUAACUUUGAAAUACCCGGACAGGAAAAAUAUAUGACGAGCAAGUAUCCGGGCAUUGUUUGUAGCUGCCAUGUGAGUUGCGACUCUUUGCGUUAUUUUGUUGCGAUUAAGUCAAUAGACCUUACGUACGCUGAAUCUGUGGCGAAUGCAUCGAUUGUCCAUUUGAAUGUGUAUUUUGAGAAGGAUUUUAUUACGAAAUACAAAACGAUAUUGGUUUUCACUUGGAUUGAUUUGAUUGUCUCAUUUGGUGGCACAACCGGUUUAUUUUUGGGCUGUUCCUUGAUAAGCCUUGUGGAGCUUGUGUACUUUUUCUUUUUCGUAGCGCCAAGACGGCUAAAAAAGGAGCAUGAGCGGCCUCAUCAUCUGAAGCGGAGACCGUCUAGGCUGGAGCAGAGUAAAAUCAAGUUAAGAGAAUACCGCGAGGUGUAUAAAGCACAGCAAAAAUAUUGAAUUUGGAAAUACAUUUAAUAUCAAUUACAUUGUACACUGGCAGAGCGGACAAAAAAUAUAUACGCGUAUC